AUGACAUGUCGUUUAUUCACUUUUGUUUCAAAUCCUUUAAAAGUUUAUGGAAUUUUCAACAGUCAAUUACUUCAUACAUCACUGCUAGAAUAUAUUGUAAAUCUUAACUGUUUGUUAUUUAUUUUACGUGGCACUUACUGUCGUCGAAAUGCGAAGACAAUAUUUGUUACAGAAAUGAAUGAAGCAAAUAUGACUUCCCGAGAAGGAAGCUGUGAUAAGGACGAAAGUUUUAUUACAAAUCGCUUACCAAGCAAGAAUGUUCUCAUCAAAGGGAAAGAUUUCGAAUUUGCAAUUGGCAAAAUGAUUUCACGUGGACGAUUUGGAGCCGUUUACGAAGUACUAAGACGCACAGAUGGUAAGCGCUUUGCAGCAAAAUUAGAAAUGUGUGAAUCACAUUUUCAUGGAAUAAACAUGGAUUAUACUAUCUUACAACAAGCUUUAAAAGUUGGCUGUAAAUAUAUUGUUGAAUUGGUUGAUCGAGGAAAGAUUGAAAAUCAUUUCAAAUUCAUCGUAAUGAAAAUGCUUGGUGAUAACCUGCAAAAGCUGCGACACUCAUUCAUUGAAAGACACUUUUCCUUGUCGACUGCACUUCGACUUGGGAUUCAUACACUAGCUGCAUUAGAAGAAUUACAUAAAAUGGGAUUUGUGCAUAGGGAUGUCAAAGCAUCUAAUUUUACAAUCAGUGAUACUUCUGAAUCGACGGUAAAAGUAUACAUAAUUGAUUUCGGACUAUGUCGACUGUAUCGAAGCCCAACUAAUGGAAUCAAACCACCCCGGCAAAAAACUUCAUUUCGAGGGUCAGCUCGGUACGCAUCACUAGCAGCUCAUCGAGAAGAAGAGCUUUCACCGAAGGACGAUCUAGAGUCUUGGUUUUACAUGCUGAUCGAAAUGAUUUCUGGAGAACUUCCAUGGAGUGAUUUCCCUCGAACGGAUCGUAUUCAGGUGCAACAGAAGAAAGAAGAAUCUCGAGCUUCUGAAGCACUCAAAAUACUUCUUAAAGAUUGUCCAAAAGUUGAGUUUCGACGUAUGUUGGCAUACAUAGAUUCCUUAACUUAUUACAGUCAACCAGACCACGGUUUUCUUACGAAACUGCUCAAAUUAGCAAUGAAAAAGUACAGUAUAAAAGCAGAUGAACCAUACGACUGGGAUGAUGAAUUGCAAGCGUCACUUACGUAA